CAAAAGAUCAGAUACCUUUCUGCUCUGGAGAAAAUGAUGAAAGCUGUUUCCUUUCUUCUUCCUCUUCUUCUUCUUCACUCGGCCUCCAUCUUCAUCUUCUCACAAGCCCAGUCGAUUGUUUUACAGCCUCAGGUUCUCAAAUCCAAAGAUUUCACUAACAUCCAGAAUGUUGGGAGCUGUUCCUUCACAGUGGUCAUAAAGACAAGCUGCUCGUCGGUCUCAUUCACAAGAGAUCAAAUCAGUCUGGCCUUUGGUGAUGCCUAUGGCAAUCAGGUUUAUGCCCCAAGAAUAGAUGACCCAUCAACGAGGACGUUUGAAAGGUGUUCAACAGACACGUUCCAGAUAACUGGACCAUGUACAUACCAGGUAUGUCAUGUAGCUCUCUACAGAAGUGGAAUGGACGGUUGGAAACCAGAGAGCGUGAAGAUCUACGGCUACAAUUCGAGUCCGGUGACGUUCUACUACAAUGCUUUUGUUCCAAGUGGAGUAUGGUUUGGAUUUGAUUACUGUGGGAGGGCUGGACAAUCUCCUCCACUACUUCGUUCCUCAGGAAAAUGGUUUCUUGGUGCCAUUCCUGGAUUUCUUCUCAAUGCUAUGGUCUAGUGCCUUUCUUUUGUUGGGUGUUUAUCAGUCAUAUGAUUGAUACUAUGUAAGAUUAUCCUAUCCCACAUAUGUUUUUUAGUAAAUUUCUUUCUCCUUUUGUCUGAGACAUUCAAGUAUGGUGUAAAAUUUCACUCGUAAUCACAAUUUCACAUUGAUAGAUAA